AAAAUAACAGUGUGUAGGGCACCUCUAUUAGUGAGAGUUUUAACUACUGAAAAAAAAUUAUAUUAAAAAAAGAAACUAAACUUCAUGAAGUGCCUCUGGCGGCGAUUUGAGUAAACGUUCUGAAACACGUGUUUUUUGUUAUUGUGGUGGAAUGUCACGUGGAACAAUUGUUAAGUCUUAAAUUUAUUUUUAAGCGAGAAAUGUUCGAGUUUGGCGUAGAUAUUGCGUUAUUACAGGGUGCUCUUAUCUCGUCCUUACGUAAUGUGAACUCACAACAGGAAGCAGAUGAUGAGGUGAAAGAAGAGAGUGUCCCUUUAAACAAGGACGAAUGCAUACAAGUUGCUGGUGCUGUUUUUAAUUCCUGUCUGGAGUUAAUCGAUGAAUUAAAGAGCCAAACUCUUAAUUUGGAGGAGGAAAACUGCAAGAGAAGAAUGCAUGCUGCCAUUCUAUACACAGUAAUGAAGAAAGAUAAAUUGAAAGGGCAGAAUGACUACUUCGAAUCUCUUACCAAUGUCUUUCCCGAUUUCCAUUGGAAUCUCUAUUUUGAACUCGUAAAGGCUUUCCAAUGGGAGGAAUUUCACGUGGAGUGUAUAGCUUCUCUUCCGCUCAACGUCGCACAUGACAUUGUUCAACUGAGUAUUGAAUACAGUAAUGAACAACCUGCUGAUAACGAUGGACGCUUACUUCUAUGUUGCAUUGGAAUAAUUUUACAUCUGUGCUGUCAGAUUGAUUGUGAAGAAGAAACAGAGAGCAUUAUUGAUCCAAUACUCAAAAAUAUUACAUCCAAGAUAGAAUUAAUGCAGCUUGAAGUGACUAAUGGAAGUAACAAUAGUAAUCAGUGUUUAGGGUUUUCUUUAACGAUAUUAUCAUUGAUAUGUAAACAUAUCUGGGAAAUGAAAUACGAAGAUUCAGUUCUAGACUUGAAUAAUUUAGAUGAUCGAUGCAUUCCGCUUGAAGUUCUAGACGAUGCUGGUUUGUCCAAGAAGUUCGAGAAUAUAACUCUGCGGCUAUUGAAGUGUGUAACUGGACUUAUAAAUGUAACUUAUAACAUUAUAAUGUGUGAAGGAGGAAAAUCGAUGAUUUUAAAUUGUUUGAAAGAAAAUACAUUAGUACUUAUGCAAGAAGUGUCAUCGUUUCGUUCUGUUGAAAUUCCAUUUAGAACUUUUGCCUUCUGCAUAUGUCAGAACAUCAAGGAGUUCUUAACUAAUGAUUUUAUUUGGCAGGAUCCAAGUUUAGAAACAACCUUCUUGUCAAUAAAAGAUAUCUCAGAUUUUUUGAUUGAUGCCUUUUCCUUUAAUUUUUCUUCGGCUUGGAUGUUGCAUGGGACUUUGAGCUGGACGAAUGAUAUUUUGCUUUAUGAAUAUACUGAAAUUAUGGAUCAAAUCUGGGGUAAAAAGAACAAAAUUGCUGAAGACAGCAUAGUGGAAUUCCUCGAAAGACGGGAGUAUCUGUUGUCUGAACCAAAAUAUCUAAGUUUAUUAAUGAAUAAUGUCAUUUGUAAUGAAGUCACCCAGACAGAGCGAAUGAUUAAGAUCAUCUUAAAUGCAUUUGCAAAUUUGCCAUCGUCUUGUCAACAGCAAGAAGUUUUGAAAAAUAUUCUAAAUUCAUAUGGGAUUCCAAGUGUGUUUAAAGCUAAUGAUUUUGAGGUGGAGCUCACCCACUUUCUAAAUCAGAUUGUUAGUUAUCAGGCAGCCGAGAACAUGCCAAAUCGGAUCUAUGUGUAUUGUCUGCAAUCUCCCGCAGACGUCAUUACCAGUAUGAUUUUGCAAGCCAUCAACAAUAACAAACAGAUUGGCAUUAUAUCGCAGAUGUUUCAAGAUAUAUCGUUCUUGUGUCGAUUCAAAGAAUCAACCAAUUCUCCAGCAUUGUUUGUGAAAUGUUUUUGUAAUGUUACAAGCGAAGGAUUAUCUGAACAAGAACUGAAUAAUGCGAUCACUUUAAUACGAAUAUUAACACAGAAAAAUGAUAAGGAUGAGUUGAUUGUAUUACCUGACGACCUUCUUCUAUGGUACAUUUUACCAAAUUUGAAGACAUCUGGGCCACUCGAAAGAUUAGAUUUUGGUCUUGGUCUUCUACAGGUUAUUGCAGAAAGAAUCUUUUUAGAAAACAAAGAUAAAGUGAACAGAGUAGCAUUAAUAUUCUGUCUGUAUCGACUGCUACAGUAUUUCAGUCUGAAGAGAGAUGCCGGAAGAAGACAAACUAUACUCAUUGUCCUCACUUCUCUUACUCCUGGUUUACUGCAAAACCAUAGUGUUUCUGAUGUACCUAUUAGAAAGUUAUUUGACUAUUUAAAAUCAAUCAAUUCCAUCUGGUAUCUUCAUCUUCUUUCAAAAUUUGAAAACAGGGAAAUUGAGAGGGACGAUCUGAAAGAGAUUUCGCAUGUAUAUCUUUUAAGUGGCAGUAAUUUUGGGAUGCGGGAGGAAACCGUUUCUGAGUUAAUCGAAGAAAGCUCGAGAGGUCUUACCUGUGAUAUUUCUUACUCAUAUUUAGUUAUAUCAUUGAGUGAGGUAUUGCUCUGUUCUACAUUUGAAGAAUGGAAGUUCUUGUAUUCGGUUGUCUGUUCGUACUAUGACAGCGAUUGCAAUUUCUUCCCUCCAGAUUUAGUGUUGAGUGAUGAAGUGCUUAAAUUUGAUACGUGCUCGCUGAAAGCCGUACAUACAUUCAUUGAUGCACUGUUACUACUAAACAACAACAAAGUUCCAGAUAUACCAUGGCAUUACAUUCUCUCCUCUCUGAAUAAAUUAAUUCAGGAUGUGUCGACUGCUAGUGAAAACAUCGACCUUGUAAGAAGCUUAUUCUGCGAAGUAUGUAGAUUGGCAAGCAUGUUAGACGUGAAACUAAUCGAUGACAUUUCAAUAUUGUUACUCGAUUUGGCUUGCAGAUGGACGAGCUCUGCUUCGAGGAACAAAGAAAAGGAGAACCUGAUGCUAAAUUGUUUAAAAACUGUUACGUCUUGCGAGUCAGUUACGAAUAUUUUAAAGCAGUUCAAUAAAUGAA